GACGUCAGCAGUCGGUAGGCGGAAAAGCGGUAGUGUGUCUGAUCAUUAAGCCCCAACCGGUUGUUUUUAUUAAGAGAGGAAAAAAGGGAAACUCAAAGGGAACAUUUAGCUUGUUGCUGCAGAAAAAUGGCGGUUCCUGCGGGUCAGACAGACGUUCAGAUGGACAGAGGCGCCCUGAGCGGCCAAACUCUUUCCUCUGAAAACAACAUUGACAUCGACGAGAAAGAGUUGGAAAACAUCACAAAGAAACACCGAGAAGACGACACAACGACGCUCCCCUUGCACUCCCCCUGGACGUUUUGGUUGGACAGGUCAUUACCGGGCACAACGGCUGCAGAAUGUGAAUCCAAUCUAAAGAAGAUCUACACAGUGCAAACAGUUCAGAUGUUCUGGAGUGUGUACAACAACAUCCCUCCAGUCACAGCCUUGCCUUUGAGAUGUAGUUAUCACUUGAUGCGAGGGGAACGGAGGCCACUGUGGGAAGAAGAAAGUAAUGCAAAAGGAGGCGUGUGGAAGAUGAAAAUACCAAAAGAAAACAGUUCAGUGGUUUGGAAAGAGUUGCUACUGGCUACUAUCGGGGAACAGUUUGCAGAUUACUGUGCUUCAGACGAUGAGGUUGUUGGCGUCAGUGUUAGCGUUCGAGAUCGGGAAGAUGUCGUACAAAUAUGGAAUAGAGAUGCAUCUCUGGCUAGCGAAGCAAAUAUCUUGGGAAAAGUCUACGAGCUGCUCCCAUACAUAUCCUUCAAAGCAGUUUUUUAUAAAUCUCACAUGGAGCAUCAUGCCUUCGAGGGAGGACGCUCAAGACAUUAAACAGUUUUUUUAAACCUGAACUCUGCUCCCGCCUUGAUGUCCACAACCGAGUUAAGGAUUUUAUUUUUGCUUCCAAAACUGAAACAUUAUCAAUAUAUUUUUCUAACUUUUACUGAGCGAUGCCUUGUUUCAUCUUCAUGUGGGCUAAAGUUCCGACCUCCUCAUCCAGUACCUGUUCUCCACGUGGCCCGCGGAGCCAAUCGGUCAUUUCUGGCAUGAACGUAGCAGCUCCAUCAGGUUAUAUGUCGUCAGCCAGUCGGCUCGUUCAGUGCCAACGCAGAGUGGUUUUUCCAGGUGGAUGAGGUGAAUGUCCGAUGUAGUUUCUUAAAUCUGCAUCAGAUCGGUGUGAAGCCUGAAGUUAUUGCACAUGACCACUUUUUCCUGUUGGUGUCCCUCAGUCGUUAAGCAUCAGAGUUAGAAACUGUAUGCUAAGAUCCCAGAGAGUUUAUUGUUUUUAAAUAAAAAUUAUUUUAACAGCUUUAUUUUGAGAGGACAACCUGUCCUCCCAUCCACCUCCACGCUGCUGAAUGGAGCUCAGGUUGUUUGGUGAGGAGAUUCUGGUCCUCUUUGCUUGUUUGCCCAACUUCCUGAUCUCCAUGCUGUCCAUACUAACGGGCAAGAGAGAAUUAUUUUUAGAUCUGAAACCUGAGUUGUCUCCACUAACCUAUUAAUCCAGUUUAAGCUAACUGGGAUGCUUCUGCUGUUUUCCUCACACCAGUUCUCCAGCUCAUCUUCAGACAGGUUCCUCUGUAGGGACCACGUUUCCUUUUGUAAACAUGGACAAGUAUAUAAAAUAAAGCUCCAAAUUCUGGAA